CGAACAUACUUAAAGAAUCAAAAUAAUGUAAGAAAACUGAAAUGUGUAUUAUUCUAUAUUCUUCUUUAGACGUAUAAAUUGAGAAUACGCUCAAAAUUCAGUAAUCUGCAACAUUUCCGACAUUGAUUCCCGACUAUGUCAUGAAAGAGUUAGACUGCUACGAAAACGUCAUAAGCAUGUCACUACAUACCGAAUAUAACUGCCCUAUUCAACGGCCUCUAUUUAGUUUUAGGAUCAUGCAUCAAAGUAUGUUCUCUGGAUCAGAAGUGUAAGCUCAGAAUUACAGCGGACACCCUUUUGCAAUCGAUUAUGAAGUUAACUAAUUAGUUUCUUAUUUUUAACGAGCGCUGAGAUUUCGAGUGAACAAGACUAAGUUGGUAAGAGAUUGGAACAAAUAAAAAUGAAUGGAUAAACAAGAUUUCUUUAUGAAUAGACAUAUUGUUCGAAGUGUAACUUUGGAGAUAAAUCCUAUACAUUUUAAAAGGUUAUUUGUAUGGAUUUCACUUGUAAAUUUAAAGUAUGCAAAUAUUACAAAAGUGCAAUAAAAUAUCCCAGGUGGGGUAGAUUUGAAAUUAUAAAUCUGAAUAACACCUAAUUACCUAUUAUCUAUUGUUAAUUUAUACGUUGAAAGAAUCUCAUUGAAUUAAAAUGUUAUAUCAUAUACAUGUUCCUGAAGAAAAUAAGACAUUUCGCCUUCACCCAACCAAACUGAAGGACCCAUACAAUGGCUAUUCUACAAUCAUCCGGAUGUAUAGAUGAAACCGGAAAAAUGCCUCACUAAUAAUGUAGAGGAAGCAUUUGAAAAACCUUAUCAAAUAUGUUUCUUUUUUAAGUAGAUUUUACUCACUUUAGUAAAAUACUAACUGUCAUGUAGUACACAACACGUAAUCAAAGAAUUUGUAAUACAGAUUGUUAAUCCAAAUGUAAAAGGUUAAUUGCUAAGGAAUGUUGAUAUUUGUGUACUGGCAUUAUUAGCAAAGGGAAAAUGAGAACUGAAAUGAGUUGGCAGAUACCACUUUUUAACAAAGAUCACAGUGCAGCAUAACAUCACUCUUUUAGUAGUAAUACAUGUAAGAUCUGUGAAUGUAUGCCGAUCUUUCAGGUCUUCCCUUAGGUAAGUGACUUAUUACUUGUGUUUGUUUGAACCACCUCGCUUUGAGGCAGAUAAAUCCUCCUGAGAACCAUUGACUUUGAUUAUACAUACGUUAGUUGAUAGACCUACACGCGAGGCUGAAACUGAAUUGUCUCAUUUUUCCUUUUCCGUAACUUUUGUAAAGCCAAAACCACUUCGCUCACUUAGGGAAUCUAAGACCUUUUAGCAAUAUCAUGUUGGUUAUGUGCAGAUAUCUUUUCUUUUGUUUUGCAGGUGAUUAUUGCUGCUGUACUGGUGCUCCAGAUGUGCUACCAAAAAAUGACAAGCGGGGCUGCGGCAGGUAUGGUUUUGGAAAUCUUCGUGCAUCUCCUCGUGGCUUGUCUCCUGAUCCAUGGCGUUAGAAAGCAUCAGCCUUUCCUGGUGUGGGGCUGGGUGUGGAUGAGGUGCGUCCUGGUGGUCACCGACUUGGCUAACUAUGUUGUCAAGGUAGCUUAUAGUCAGAUUUUGGGCGCAGUUAUACUUGCUGUGCUUUUCACUGCAGCCUUAACCUACAAUAUCUUGGUUGUCCGUUCGUACGCAUAUACCAUGUCAACGGCCGACACCACUGAGAGGCUGGACAGCAUCAGCGAGGCGUCCGAUAUUCGGGCCUGAGACAACAAGGACCGAAAACGUGGCCAACUAACGCUUUCUUUUUCACAUGCAAGAAAUGUUUUUGCUGCUGUGCUAUUGACACGAUUUGUUAAUUUAGCUUUUAACUGUCGACGUUUUAUGAGGACCUAUAACGAGUGCAGUCAAUAGGUGCUCAUGAACGAACCAAUGGAAUGAAAUUAUCUUUAAGGUUUGAUUUAAAACCACGUCCAAUACUACUAUGUUAUAUGUGACGAUAUGAUAUUUUUUGUGCGCAAUACACACACACACGUGUGUGUGUGUGUGUGUGUGUGUGUGUGUGUGUGUGUGUGUGUGUGUGUGUGUGUGUGUGUGUGUGUGUGUGUGUGUGUGUAUGUAUGUGUGUGUGUGUGUGU